GCCAUCUCGCGUCACGGCGCCGGAAGCGCGGCGGCGGCGGCGGAGCGGUGCUUCCUUUCAUAUUUGCAAUGAAAAUGGCAGAGGCGGUUCCUGACCCUUCUGAGAAACUGGUUGUCAUCCACUCAAGAACUCACAAAGAUACCAUUCUAGCUAACUUUGAAGAACAAAGGAAAAAAGAUUUUCUUUGUGACAUUACUCUAAUAGUGGAAAAUGUGCAAUUCAGAGCCCAUAAAGCUUUGCUGGCUGCCAGCAGUGAGUACUUUUCAAUGAUGUUUGUAGAUGAGGGCGAAAUAGGGCAGUCAAUUUACAUGUUGGAGGGAAUGGUUGCCGACACCUUUGGAGCACUGCUAGAAUUUAUCUACACUGGCUACCUCCACGCCAGCGAAAAAAGCACAGAACAAAUUCUAGCUACCGCACAGCUUCUGAAAGUGAAUGACUUGGUGUGUGCUUACACCGACUACCAGGCCAGCCGCAGCCCAAGUAGCACGCUGCCAGCGCCGUCUAACAGCGGCACCUCCGUAGCCCUUAUUGCAAGUGACAAGAAAAAUGAGGAGCCGCCAAAGCGAAAACGAGGGCGACCAAGAAAAGUCAAGACGGUCCAGGAAGAAAAAUCAGCAGCAAAUUCUGAAGAUGUGCAGCUGAGAGAGAACAACUCCAUGCAAAAUAAGCAAAAUUCUAUGAAAAAAGACGUGGCAGCAGAAGAAACAGUUGUCAGUGAACAGGAUCCAGCAAGGAAAGAUGCGGAAGAAGCGGAACCUGCUUGUGGCUCAGAAGUUGCUGAAGAUCUGUCAGCUGAGAAGGAUGAGAAUUAUGAUCCCAAAUCUGAAGGAAUGCAGAGCACUCAGAGCCGUUACAGCAAACGUAGAAUAAGGAGGUCAAUCAAACUAAAAGAUUAUAAGCUGCUUGGUGAAGAGGAUGAAAAAGGACUGGCAAAGAGAACUGAUGGAAAAAGAAAACGUACAGGUUCUGAAGCUCGCUGUAAAGACUGUGGCAAAGUAUUUAAAUAUAAUCACUUUUUAGCUAUUCAUCAGAGAAGUCAUACAGGGGAGCGCCCUUUUAAGUGCAGUGAAUGUGGCAAAGGCUUUUCCCAGAAGCACUCUCUUCAGGUUCAUGAGCGGAUGCACACUGGAGAGCGGCCGUACACGUGUACUGUCUGCAGUAAGGCUCUCACAACAAAGCAUUCUCUUCUAGAGCACAUGAGCCUUCAUACAGGGCAGAAGGCUUUCACAUGCGAUCAGUGUGGGAAGUACUUCAGCCAAAAGAGACAGCUGAAGAGCCAUUAUCGAGUACACACAGGCCGUUCAUUGCCGGAAUGCAACCAGUGUCAUCGCAAAUUCAUGGAUGCAGCUCAGUUAAAGAAACAUCUAAGAACACAUACAGGUGAGAAGCCCUUCACUUGUGAAAUUUGUGGCAAAUCAUUCACAGCUAAAAGUUCUCUUCAGACUCACAUUAGAAUUCACAGAGGAGAAAAGCCAUAUUCUUGUGGGAUAUGUGGAAAAUCCUUCUCCGAUUCCAGUGCUAAGAGAAGACACUGUAUCUUACACACAGGCAAAAAGCCUUUUUCUUGCCCGGAAUGUAGUUUGCAGUUUGCUCGUCUGGACAACCUGAAGUCUCAUUUGAAAAUUCAUAGCAAGGAAAAGCAGUUUCAGGAAGCCAGCGCUGCUCCCAGCAGCAACACUAAUUCGGAAGUCAGGAACAUUCUUCAGCUGCAGCAGUAUCAACUUGCCACCUCUGGAGGGCAGGAAAUUCAACUGCUGGUUACAGACGGAGUGCAUAAUAUAAACUUCAUGCCUGGUCAUAAUCAAGGCAUUAGCAUUGUCACUGCGGAAAAUGCCCCAAAUAUGACAACGGGGCAGGCUGCUAACCUCACGCUGCUUGCUCAGCCACCACAGCAGUUGCAAAACUUGUUGCUCUCAGCUCAGCAGGAGCAAGCGGAGCAAAUCCAAAGCAUCAAUAUGAUGGCAAACCAAAUAGAGGCUGCCCAGCCUGAACAAAUGCAUGUCAUCACCCUUUCCAAGGAAGCACUAGAACAUCUCCAUGCUCAUCAAGGGCAAAAUGAACACAUCCACUUAGCAGGAUCUUCCCAUCCAGCUCAGCACAUGCAGCUGACUCAGGAAUCAAGUCAACAGUCUCACUCCAGCCAAGAUACAGUUCCUUCCCAUCAAAUUAGUGAAGAACAGAAUCAAAAUGUACAAGUUUCUGAAUCCCAUCAGCAGCCUCUGUCAGUAAAUGAGUCAGCUCAUGAGCAUCCUGUUCAAGGGCAACCUUUCUGAAAAUGCUUAUUUGUCAUCAGAGAGCUAGGCUACAGUGUGCUUCUCAGCCAAGCGGUGAUUACACACAUCACACUUUCUUAUCUGCAGCAUAAUCUAUCUGAAGAUGCAUUUCUUGGUGAUUUUCCAUGGGUGACUUUCAGUUUUCUUAAUAUUAUUUAUUUUAGACAUUUUUAUUAUUACCAGUUGGUAUUUCUCUACCAUCUAAUCCAUACCUCACAAGCGAUUCAUGCUUUUUUUUGUGUGUGCCUCUUACACAUCCAUGCCUCAUGAGCAGGUACUUGCCCUGUAGUUUGCAUUUCCAUGUGACUUUCCAGGGAAGUGUGCCUUGCUGGUUGAAGAACAGUGUUAAGGUAUCUGCUGACCUGAAAGUACCGCUCCUCUGAUGGAUUUAACAUUACCUGAACUACUGUCAAGCUUAAGAUAACCAGUACUUUUUGCAAAGACCACACCGUGUGUCUUAUGUCUAAUGAGCUUUCUCUCUGCGGGUUGGUGUCUAACUUCCUGUGUGACCGUUCCCUUAAGUGCAUUUUGAUGUACUGAAUACCAAGUUGGUUUGGGUUGGGUUGAAAUUACUGCAGCCUUUGCCUGGCUCUGGAUUGCCCCUUCUGUUACUGUAUGCUUUAAGAGUUUUGCUCCUCAGAAAUGCUUAAGCCACUGCACCUGAGCAGUGGCAGUGGGAUGCGGUGGUUACACUGGACAACUGAAAAGCCUGAGUUCUGUUAAUUCCACCAGUCGCCCGCUGUGUGACAGUGAGUAGGGCAGUAGACCUCUGUGCCUUAGUUUCCUAAUGUAGUAAGCGUGGAUAACGUUCACACGCUCUGCCAAGCACUUUGAAGAGCUCUUGAUGUUGAAGGCACUGUCUGUUAAGUGCAAAAUUCUCUUCCUGACAGGCCUCGGUGUAAGCCUAGGAGCCAGUUUAUAUUUAAAGUGUUAUUUUUUCUACUUCUGAGAGCAGAAUGUAAUGUUACUUUUAAUAUAUGUUAAAGCCCGAAAUUGUUUUAGUGGGGACUUGGACAAUGAAUAGAAUCUCUUCAGAGCAUAAUGAGCUAUAUGAAGGGGGCAUAUCGCGUUAAAGCUGUACAGCUAUUUUUGUUGUCUAGAUUAGAUGUGUACAGAUUGUUUUCAAUGACUGACUGCUAACAAAAAAAAAUCUAUCAACUUAAUAAAAAUGCUGUGCCAGAGUA